AUGACCUUGACAUCUUGUCCAUCAACCCACACAAAUGUCCCCAGAAGGUCCAGCCUGCUUUUGAAGCCCCUCAGUUUCCCGUUCAACCCCAGUGACCCCAUUCUGGAAACAAUCACUUGUUUGUUCCCAUUUUCCCCAUCUCUGACUAACAGCCAUGAUGCGCCUGGGGAAUUGGAUGAACUGGAGAAGCCUGGGGUCAUGGGCACCGUCCAGAAGUGCGAUGAAGAUGAUGAUGCCUGUCAGAAAGCACCUGUAGGGCCUGAGUUUCACCUUCCUGGCCGCUUUGUGAAUGGCGUGCUCCUGAUAAGGCAUGUCCUCGCCUUGGUUAUUACAGUCAUGGCCGUGCCAGCCCACAAAGACUUGUUCACAAGCCAUGUUUGCCUUGGAGCCAGUGGCGGUAUCGGGGUGGCGUCUUUCAUCCUUGUGAUCUUCCUGAAUCUGUCUCUGGCCCUGAUGCGCCCCAGUGACAGCCACCAUCUGGAGGGAUCUGUCGGGACUCAGAGCAUCCAUGUCGAUGUCCCUCGAGGUAUAGUCAGCGUCCGAGACAACAAUGUUUGGAGCGAAUGGUAUGGAAUCUUGGACUAUGAGAAAUCCCUCUUAGUGGCUAAGCUGUUUAGCAAGAGAGCCUGUGUCCUGGCCAAGAUGGAUCAAGCAGUCUUCCCAAGUUUGGAUGACAUGAGCAAGGCCCUGAAAAAGCAAGAUUUCACGCCUUACCCACCCACCCACGGCCUGACCUACAUUGUUGUACCCAGCCACAUCAAGAACUUAGCCCAGUAUGGAAUGCCCGUCAAGGACAUGUGCAGAGAUGUCCCCACCUAUUUUGCAAAGCAGCAAAAAGAAGGUACUGCCCUGGCAAUUGACCCUGAUUCCUGUUUUGAAGCCCAACUUCUCUCCUUUAUGGGACUGUCCAUCUGUGGCAAGAUCCUUGGGCUCUGA